GGGCCAAAAAGUGGCCUAAAAAAAAGCAUUUUUCUAGAAUCCAGACAAUAACUUGUGUUCAAGUGUAUGGAUCUCUCUGAAAUUGUACUGCAAGGUACCAUACCACAAAGGGAAGGCUGGGAUUGAGUUUCAAGGGGGUUCAAAAAAUUUGGGGGAGGGAUUUUUUUUUUCUUUAAAAUUUUCCAUUUUAAAUUGGUUAUUUCUGAUUUAUAUAUAAAAGCAAUUAAUAAUGAUAUGGUUUGAAUAGGUAAAUUAAAUUUUUUUAAGUUCUUAGACCACAUUCAUUCUGUGUCAGAAACCUAUGCUGUGUCAAAUAUUUAAUCACAAUCCAAAUUCAGUGCUGUAUCAAGCUUGAAUGUUGUGUCCAUACUUGCCCCAUCUGUUCAGGGUUCGACCUCUACGGUCGUAUCAAGGUGCGCCCAGCGGAGCAUUUUAUUUUAAUUUUUGAUCGGGUUGUUGUCACCUGGACACAUUUUCCAUUUCCAUUCUCUAUUUUAUUCUAAAGUCAUUAGCAUACAACACUGCAGUAGUAACAGUCAUUUCUUUGUCUAUUGCAGGAUGACAUCAUCAACAUCUUUGUCAUAUGAAGUACACAGCUAUACUAUCACCAUAAUGGAUAACUUGAAGAGACGAUGCACAUGUUCAAAAUGUAAUGGAAAAUUUGUCAACAUUAAGACUUUCCGAGCUCAUUCAAAGAAAAUUCAUAACACCGGGCAUGCUGAAAUAUCAGACACUUAUAGUGAACAACCUGCAAUUGUAAGAGAGUCCAAGGAAUUUUUAAAAAAGACUUUGAUUUUAAAUCAGCCACUUCAUGAAGGAACUACUAGAACUGUAAAAGAUGCAAUAGCAGAACAUUUAUUUAUAUUUUCAUCUAAUAAUGGAAUGUCAAAGACAGCUUUGUCACAGUAUCUUCACCAUGAAAAGUGUGUUCUACCGCAACCAAACAACCUGCCAUCCACUUAUAGUGAAGCUGUCACUAUUAUUCAACCAUACCUGAUGCCAAUAGAAAAAUUUAAAUGCUGUAUAAAUGACUGUAAAAUUUUUCCUAUCAGCAGUACCAUUCUUGCCUGUCCAGAAUGCAAUGAAAGUUUGGUGUUUUCAAACAACAGGAACAAAAAAACAUUUCAAUAUAUGCCUAUAGUACCCCGCAUAGUUCGUUGGUAUGGAACUAAGAACCUGGCAAAGAUUCUUUAUGCCAACAAGCUCAACACAACUGGCAAGCUAAGCAGCUACACAGAUGGCAAUAUAUUUCGUCAACAGAUGACAGAUGGAGUCUUCAAAGAUCAGCAACAGCAGAACUGUGUGCCAUUGGCUCUUUUUGCUGAUGGUGUGAAUCCAAAUAAAAAUCAAACAGUCCAGAAGUCAAUAUGGCCUCUCAUCAUCACCUGGAUAACACUACCACAAGAAAUGCGAUAUAUUUUAGGACCAAUGAUGUUGGCAGGUAUUGUUCCAGGCUAUGGUAGAAAGGAACCGAAAUCACUGGACCCUUAUAUUAAUGUUCUAGUUGACGAAUUAUUAUCAAACAUUGAAUGUAACUUGUAUGAUGCCUACACAGAUGCACCAGUAAAUGUAAAGAUUGCUUUAUUACAGUAUUUAUGUGAUAUACCAGCUUUUUCUAAACUUCUACACUGUUCUGGUCAGGCAGCUAUUCGUGCGUGUUUUUUCUGCAAAGAUACAGGUGUCCAUAGCAGUUCAGUGAAUAAAGUAUUGCACAUAUCGAACAGAGAGUUUUUACCGACAGAUUCUCUUUUUCGCAAAGACAAGACAUUAUUUGCCAAGAAAACUGAAGAGGUUGCUCCCAAACCACAAGCAUAUUCAAGGGAAGAAGAAAUGGAAAUAAGAAAAGAAUAUGACAAAAAAAAAAACAACAACCAAAAAUCUAAACUUCAAAAGGAAACUGGUUUUAAAGGGAUGCAUCCACUGCAUCGCCUACCAUAUUUUGACAGAGUGCAUCAGAUGCAACCAGAUGGCAUGCACACAUUAGCAGAUGUCAUCAGUAACAUUCUUGAUCUUAUAACAGGCAAAUCUGAUGGACCUAAAGUUCGCCAAUGUGAAAAAGACUAUAAUCGGUUUAAAGAAACCUGGCUAAAAAGACCAUCAUCAUCAAGUGCCACAUGUGAGAGACCAUCCAAACAGGCAAAGAAAUCGUCGGCAGAAACAGCUGUUCCUGAACCAACACCAAAAGCACCUCCUUUGCCAGCAGCUCCUUGGUUACUGACGAAACAGGAUGUUAAAUUAGCUGACAACAGAGCAAAGAGUGUAAAAUACCCUAAAGGCUUUGAUUAUACACCUGCUGACCAUUUUACCAGAGCAUGGACACUGCGUACAAUGCAUGGCAAACAACAGUUCGUAACCAAGAAUAUUGCAGCAUGGUGUAUCAGAGGCCUCCUAGCAAAGCCACAAGAAGAAACCUUGUUCAAUUUAUUUGAAGUGAUCAAAAGACUGACACAACCAUCCUACACAAUUGAGCAGCUUCAAGGACUUAUUGAAGACACAAGUACAGCAGUUGUGUUACUUGAAAGGGAUUUUCCUUUGACCUUGCAGAAUAUCACAACACACCUGCUACAUCAUAUCCCAGAGGGUUAUGAAGACUAUGGACCAUUGUAUGAUAGAUGGCUUUAUCCCUUGGAACGGGCAAACAGUUGGGUGACCAGACAAAUUUUACAACACGGACAUGAAGAAUCAACAGUGAUGCAGACAUACCGCAUAUACGAUUGGAGCUCCUACAACAUUUUGAGCGGUGAAAUUUUAAAUUGCAGCAGACAAACAAGUUUGUGUCGCAUGGCAGAAAAAGUUAAUUCCAUUCACCAUCAAGAUAUAUCUACAUCAUCUACAAAAAGAUUCAUGUUGCAAAGUGACGAUCUAUCGAUUCUACGAGACAAUUACAAUAGUAUAUAUAACCAAAGUUAUGAGUUAUUUGACAUAGACCCAGUGGUCACAUAUCUUAAGUUCAGCCAAAGACAGGAUGCAGAGUUAAAACGACAAAUUUUCUUUUCAACAACAGAGCAUCAGACAACGGCAUCAUGCUCACAUGACUAUUGUGUUAGUGUUUCGCAUAGGACAAACCUUCGCCUUGGAACAAUUAAUAAGAUUUUCCUUCACAACCAUCAAGAUAAAGCUACCAUGUGGGUAAAAUUGGAGAUGUUUCCUAUUCCGGAACAAUCUGGACAAUUCUUGGUCACUGAUGACAAAAAGAUUGACACACAUAUAUUUAGCUUUGAUAAAAUAAGCAAUCCAGUUGUAUUUGCUUUAGAAGACAAUAAAAUAUGGUUUUUAAAUGUUUAGAUAUGCAUUUAUACAUGUAUGUAUUUUGUAUGAAGUAGAGAAAUAGUUCUUUUUAUAUACUUGGAAAGGUACAGAAAUUCCUUUGUUAUGUAUUUUCUGGCUGUAUAUAGAUAGAGUUGUUCAAAAGAAAAAAAUUAUUGGAUAAAAGGUUUUAUUCAAGUGUUAAGAGAUUUUUUAAAUGGAAGUCAAGUUUGCUAUUUUCUAUGAGAUAUUCAUUUCAAAGGGUGUAUUACGUUUCCAAAUUUUUAGCAAAAUUCCAGUUUCACGUUUCCGCAUUUUCUUGCAUUACUUUUCCAAAAUAAAUAGUUACCACCUUUACGCAUUUUUACCUGUAUUUCACCUGUAAAAAGUGGAAAUAAUGAUAUAUAAGACUUAAUUUUAUUAUAGUAUUUUUUCUUAAUUUGUAUUUUCUUAAUUCCUUCAACAGGUAGAUUAUAUUCAGAUUUAAGGUAGAUUCAUGGUAUACUGCCAUCUUGGAUUGUACUAUCGCAGUACACAAUCAGUCUAGUUAUCUGCUCAAAUCUGCAAAUUUGUAGACAAAUGUGCAACUUUAUUGGUUAGACUGUUUAUUUAUAUGAAGGAAACUUGCUAAUUUAUUGCAUUAUCCAAAAUAUUUGACAAAUACCAAACAUUUGUGUUUUACAAUCAAUUUGUUCAACUGAGCCAUUUAAGGGGAGAUAACUCUUUUAGUAAAAAUAUUAUACUGGUCUGAUAGGGAAAUUUUUGCUUGUAGCAAGAAAACAAGUUCGGUGACACCAUUUUUUCUUUUUUUUUCUUUAAACAUAUUAUAAAACCUAUCUUCUCACAAUUUAUUUCAAAAUUCUAUCUCAUAGAUUUUUUUUUGGCACAAAAAUGUGUUUUUGCAUGAACCUUCUAAAUAAAUUUAGACCAUUUUCAACGACUCAUAGUUUUAAAAAUAGCACUGUGACCCAUCCUUUUUAUUAUAUUUUUGAAAAGAGCAUAAAAGUCUUCAUUUUAGAAAAGUAUAACAAGAUUCUAUCUCGGGAAACUUAUACAUAUGAUCUACCUUAACAUUGCGAGUACUUUUUAAAAGUCACCAUGUGGAAAGUCGCCCCAUAUGUGUUGAAAUCAGUAUUUGGUUAUAUCUUUUAUAUUAAUUUGCAUAUGCUUGAUUUCUUUUUUGGACACUCAAUUUCAUGUCCUCAUUUGGUUUCGGUCAGUAUUAUCAAUGUAAAAAACAAUGAGGAAAAGAGUUUUAUAAAAAUGCAGAAAUGUAGUGCAAAAAUGUGGAAACGAAAACACACAUUUCAAAUCCUACUUUCUUCUGUAAUUGAAAAAAAAUUAGUUCUGAGCUUUCAAAUUACGACCAUUGUACAGGACAUAUAUUUUGCUUUAUUUCUCUUUCUAGAAUUUACUGUUAUAUUUCAAGUUACACUUAUUACUACUAAAACAAAAUUUUGGCAAUUAAAUAUUUUGUAUUAAAAUGUUUAUAUGUAAAUAUUUUGAUAAAAACAAAUAUUGGUAUAAAAAUGUUACAAAUACAAAUGUGAGUAUGGUUAAAUAUAAACCAAUUUAAAUGUGGGUUUGUAAAUAAUUACAAAUGUUAAUUUAUAAAUAUAAUAAAUAAGUGCUUAAUAAUUGAAAUCAAUCAUACUGUAGACAUAUUUCAUUUUACAUGCAUAAUAUUAAAUGUUUAUAUGGUUAAUAAACAAUUAUUGUACCAAAUUAUUGUUUUUAUAAUUUGCAUUGUGUUAUUGUAUUCUAAUUCUUCUAGGUUUAGUUAAGCCAUAAUAGAAAUGAAUAUAAAACAGCUCAAGAAAGUGUUUAGACUGUAAGAAUGCGUCGAUACACAAUUCAGAUGAAAUUUAUACUGUCGAGAAUGUGUCGAGACAUAUUAAGACAUCAUUAAGACCGUCAAGAAUGUGUCGAGACAUAUUCAUACAUCAUUAAGAAUGUCAAGAAUGUGUCGAGACAUAUUCAGACAUCAUUAAGAAUGUCAAGAAUAUGUCGAGACUUAUCGAGACAAAUCCAAGACAGUCGAGAAUAGGUCGAGACAAAUCAAGACACUUUUGAGACUGUCGAGAAAGUGUCGAGAAUUUUCAGACAAUAUUAAUACUGUCAAGACAUAUGUCGAGAAAAAUCAAGUAAUAAUACAGAUAGUCGAGACAUAUGUCGAGAAUCUAGAUACUUAUUUCAGACAAAUUCAGACUCUGUCGAGAAUUUUUACAAAAAAUUCAUACAAAAAGAGAAUGUCGAGUAAAAGUUCAUGCAAAUCGAGACAAAAACUGGUCUUUUCAGACUUUUGGACUUUUGUA